UGAUUCAAUUCGCCUCAGGCUCGAUGCUCUCAGGCAGUACGAGUUCAAUAUUUGUCGUUACGACACCGCUGACCUCCAUAGUUAUGAGAGCAUUGUAUUAUCUCAAUUUAACAAAUGCCUGAUCUCUCAUUUCGCUCCAAAAAUUACCCAGUUGUAGUUUGUAUGAACCAGACAAAAGUGCUUUGUUUUGUUAGUAUUUAAAAAAUACCGCGAUCAUUCGAGAGUUAAAGAUGACCGACGACGUACUGACUGAAGAACAAAUAGGAAAAAUAUUUACCAAAUGGAGCAGAAACAAAAACAUGUCUUUUAUAUCUUCAUCUAUAGCACCGCUCAGCAACCAGCUAGAAGGACUGAUAGGAGAGCAAUACUUUUUAACCAUUACAUAUGAAGAUGACAACAAAACAAGCCAUGUUCGAUUUUUCGUGAAGAUUAUAUCAAGAGAAAAUCCUGUUAUGUAUAACAUAGCUAGAGAAGCAACAAUGUUCGAAAAGGAAGCAUUCUUCUACAACAGCUUCAUACCAGCUUUAAAGAGCUUUAAUUUCAAAUGCGAUUAUGUAGCAGACAGUUAUUUUUGCGAGUCUUCUGCAGUAGUAUUAGAAGAUUUAUCAGAGAAAGCUUACAAAGGUUUCGGGAAAUCUGGGUCCCUAAAUUUGGAUCACUGUAAGAUUUGCUUGAAAACAUUGGCCAGGUUCCAUGCUGACGGUAUUUUAUACCAGAUAUUAAAAUCGAAAGAGAGCUCUAAAGAAUACAGUUUAACGCAGGAUUUACCGGACAUAUUCGAAGAAUCGUUGCUUGAAAAGCAAUCUUCGUUGUACAAGUAUUACACGAAUUCGAGCAAAGGUUUAAUACGCCUGGCGAAUUUGCUGCUUGAAAACGGUACAGUGGAAUAUUUCUCAAAGUCAUUGUUGGAAAAAAUUCAAUAUUUGAUAGGCAACGAUUGCAUUAAUAACAAUUUUAAAUUAACAAUAACGCACAAUGACUUAUGGACUAACAACUUCCUCUACCAGUACGAUGAAAAUAACCUCGUCAAAGCCUGUAAAAUCAUCGAUUUUCAAACGAUAAGUUUAAAGCCUCCUGCAUAUGACGUUCUAACGUUUCUCUUCUUAAAUACCCGCAGGAAAUUCAGAGAUGAAUAUUUGACGCAACUGUUGGAUUUUUACUAUCAAUGCAUGUCUGAAUUUGUAGAAGAACGAGACUUCGAUGCGAACGAUGUAUUUAGUAAAGAGGAAUUUUAUUCCUCCUGCGACUAUCUCACGGUGUAUGCAAAAAUACAUUCAGCCGUUGAUAGGAGUAUAACUCUCAUUCCCGAAGAAAUGUUUCUUAAAUCAGCUGCAUCUGAUGAGAGCUUUUCUAAUUUCUUAUUCGAAGGGCGCCCGGAAUACAUGCUGGAAUCGUUCAAUACGUGCGAGUUGUUCAAAGAGAUCAUGACCGAAGACAUAGUAGAGUUAGAAUCACUUUUAGCUGCAAAAUAAUGUCUAAUUUAUAUUUGAAAGAUAAAGUUUGUUGUCGAGGAUUUCUAAUUGGAAACUGAGAUCUGCUUGCUUCUUGUUGGUAAACUGCUGUUACCGAGUUUCCUGACGUAUAAUUGAGUUGUAAAACGAUUUAAGGGAAAUUUGAAAUAUUUCCUUGAUUUUUACUUGGAUUUAAUUAUUAGGUGUAAUUAUUCAGAUCUCACUAAAUUUACACGAAACUUAAAAGUAAAAAAAAUAAGUAUUAUCUACUAGUAUUAGCGCUCAAAGCGAUUCCCUGCUUUAGUUUAAAAAGUUGAUGGAUUUUAUACUAUAUUUAACUUUUCCUAUACGCGUACCUAUAAAAGUUUUGUAUUAUGUAACCAUAGCUUUUUAAAACAUUUUAUGUUUCAUUUAUGUUUUGUAUUUUCCUGUUUGAGUAUACUGACAAAAUAUGAUACAUUUAUUGUUUUAUAUUGUAGAGUGUGAUUAAUA